AUGAUUCCUAACAAGGAAAAGAAAUUGCGGGUGGAUGUAAUUAGUGGUAAUCGUAUCCCAGCAAAUGACCUCGUUCUUGGAUAUUAUGCACCACUAAUGAUGGAGGGAAAGCCAGUGGUCAUAAUUUCUAAUGAAGAUGUGGAGAAGGAGCUAAUGUAUUGGAAGAAUUCUGCUAUCAUGUAUGUCCUAGGUAAGGACCUAAGCAUGAAUGCGGUUAAACAAUUCAUGAUGAGAUAUUGGAAUUUUGUCCAACUGCCACAACUUUUCUAUCAUGAUGAGGGCUAUUUCUUAAUGAAGUUCAAUUCUAAACAGGAGAGGGAAAUGGUCUUGAUGAGAUGGUUGUAUACAAUUCAUAAUAUGCCAAUGAUCGUGAAGAACUGGCAUCCUGAUUUUAACAUCAAGAGAGACAUGGUAAGAACAAUCCCAAUAUGGGUGACUCUACCUAACAUUCCUUUCUAUCUUUGGGGGCCGACAAGUCUGGGAAAGAUAGGAAUCUCCAUAGGAAAACUGAUACUCACAUAUGAAUAUACUGCGAAUAAACUAGGGAUCAAGAAUCCUAGUUGA